AUGGAUCAAGAGCGGCGGAACCUUCUUCGCUUUCCUUUUAAGUUACCAAACAGCGUCACGGCUCGUAAAUUUGGUGUAUCGUUUUCUGGAGCACUAUUUGCAUUAGGGUUUUGGUUAUUCAUUGAUUGCGUGCUCUAUUCAAAGGUUGCGAAUGGAUCCGAUAUCUCAGUUACAUUCAUUGACUGGAUUCCAACAAUAUGCAGCACGCUGGGUAUGUUAAUUGUUAGUUCCAUUGACAAGAACUGGUUAUUAGAGAAUUCUUUAGCGACUGGUGCUCUAGUGGGUUCAAGCCAGCGGACAUGGCAAGCUCAAACAUUACUGUUUUUUGGUUUUGCACUGUUAGGGGGAGGUGUGGCCGGAGCUUUUGCUGUGGGAUUUCUAAAAUACAUUUCAAAUGGUUACGGUGAGUACCCUACAGCAAGUAUGGCGGUUAAUAAUAUACUAGGGAACCUUAGUAUAAUGGCCAGUUGCAUCGUCCUAUGGAUGUCUCAAAAUAUUGAAGAUGAGUACUCUUACUCUUUGACGUUGUGA